UCCUCCCCUAGCCUCCCUGCUUCCGUGACAUGCCGCCCCAACCUGCGUUGCUGUCUUGAUUUCUACAGCUGCAGUCGGUUGGUUCAAUUAUUUUACGGCCUGGUUCGCCCUUUCGUUUCCAUUCGUUUGGUACCUCUUUCCUGUUAUACUGGUUAUCUUCUUUAUAGACCGAAAAGAUGUUACGAAACGCGGUGAAAGGUGCGGCUAAGAAAGCCGUGACGGAGUUGUCUCAGUACCCAAAACCUGGAGAAAAGCUUCAUGGCUUCACUUUGUUGAGAACAAAGCAUGUGCCUGAGCUCGAGCUUACGGCACUACACCUACGACACGACAAGACGGGAGCAGACUACCUCCAUAUUGCUCGAGAGGAUAGCAACAAUGUAUUCUCGAUUGGCUUCAAGACGAACCCGCCAGAUGACACGGGUGUUCCGCAUAUCCUCGAGCACACCACCUUAUGUGGUAGUCAGAAGUAUCCUAUACGAGAUCCCUUCUUCAAGAUGAUGCCGCGGACUCUCUCUAACUUCAUGAAUGCCUUUACGGCCUCCGACCACACUUACUACCCAUUCGCCACAACCAAUGCCCAAGACUUUCAAAACCUCAUGUCUGUAUAUAUCGAUGCCACUCUACAUCCGCUUCUGAAAGAAACAGACUUUACUCAAGAAGGCUGGCGGAUUGGUCCUGAAAAUCCUAAGGUUGCGGAAAAGGAUGGUGCCGAGGGUGCUGAGGAUAGCAAGCUUGUCUUUAAGGGCGUUGUCUACAACGAGAUGAAGGGACAAAUGUCAGAUGCCGGCUAUCUAUUCUACAUCCGAUUUCAGGAUCACAUUUUCCCUUCCAUUAAUAACUCUGGAGGAGAUCCGCAAAAGAUUACCGACUUAACGUAUGAACAACUACGCAAAUUCCACGCUGAACAUUAUCACCCGAGUAACGCAAAGCUCAUGACGUACGGCGACAUGCCGUUGGCUGAUCAUCUGAGGGAAGUUGAUACCCGGAUGAAUGCGUUUGAAAAGAUUCAAGCAGACAUUGAGCAUAAAAAGCCGAUCGACCUGAAUGAUGGGCCACGUACAGUGACGCUCUUCGGGCCGGUCGAUCCUCUCGCUGACCCAGACAAGCAAUAUAAGACAUCAGUAUCAUGGAUCACAGGUAAUACCGACGAUGUACUAGAAUCUUUUUCUGUCGCCUUACUCUCAUCGUUAUUAAUGGAUGGGUACGGAUCUCCACUCUACAAGGGACUUAUUGAAAGUGGCCUGGGCACAGAUUGGAGUCCGAACUCAGGUUAUGACGGGUCAGCAGCCAUGGGGAUCUUCUCUAUUGGAUUAACUGGGGUCGAGCAAUCCAACGUGGAGAAGAUUAAGGGCGAAAUUCAGAAGAUACUUGCUGAUAUUCGCAACAAAGGUUUCGAGAGCACCAAGAUUGAUGGGUAUCUUCAUCAACUCGAGUUAAGCCUAAAGCACAAGACAGCCAACUUUGGACUUUCAGUACUGCAUCGUCUAAAGGGCAAGUGGUUUUCCGGUACUGAUCCGUUCGACUCUUUGUCUUGGAAUGACACAGUCGCGGCGUUCAAGGCAAAACUUGCCGAAGGAAACUAUCUCGAGGGAUUAAUGGACAAGUACAUUUUGAACGACAAAACUCUUACUUUCACCAUGGCUCCCUCGGAAACGUAUGGUGCAGAGAUUGCGAAAGAAGAAGAUGACAGGUUAGCGGCGAAGAUCAUUGAGGCCACUCGAGAAGCAGGUGGAGAAGAGGCUGCUCGAAAAUUCUUUGAGCAAAGGGAACUCGAUCUACUUGUUGAGCAAGGCAAGUCGAACACGCAGGACUUGAGCUGUCUACCAACCGUCUAUAUCAAAGACAUCCCAAGACAGAAGGAGCCUGUUGCAAUAAGAGAUGAGGCGGCCCAUGGUACCACUAUCCAGUGGCAUGAAGCCCCUACAAAUGGCCUCACAUAUUUCCGAGCCAUCAACAGCUUUGAGAACUUGCCAGAGGAACUCCGAUCACUGAUUCCAUUAUUCACUGAUUCUAUCAUGCGGUUGGGGACGAAAGACAUGACUAUGGAACAGCUAGAAGAUCAAAUCAAGCUCAAGACUGGAGGUAUAUCAGUCAGCUACAUGUCAACCUCGUCACCGACCGACUUCCACCAGGCUUCUGAAGGCCUUCUGCUAGGGGGAAUGGCUCUUGAUCGCAAUGUGCCUGAGAUGUUUGAUCUGCUACGCAAGCUUAUCCUAGAAACUAACUUCGAUAGCCCAGAGGCCGCCCUUCGGAUAAGGCAACUCCUGGAAGCUGCUGCAGAUGGUGUCGUGAACGAUAUCGCAUCUUCCGGUCACUCCUAUGCUCGAAGAUACGCCGAGUCAGGAUUAACACGUGAAGCAUACCUAUCCGAACAGGUUGGCGGUUUAUCACAGGUCAAGCUCAUUACGUCACUAGCUGGGCGACCAGAGUCGGAUCAAUUCGAAGACGUAAUUGAGAAGCUUAAACAAAUCCAGAAAUUUGCCCUAGCAGGCAAUAGCCUUCGCACGGCCCUUACGUGUGGCGCUGAUAGUGCUCAAGCCAACUCUUCGGCGCUAUCCCAGUUCAUGGCAUCUCGGCCAACUAACCCCGUCACAUUUCCGCCUGCCGGAAAACAAACGUUUGCGAGAGAUAUUAAAGCAUUUUUCCCGCUUCCCUACCAAGUCUACUAUGGCUGCCUUGCCCUCCCGACUGCGUCAUACACCUCUACGCAUGGUGCACCGCUCCAGAUCUUAGCACAACUUUUGACUCACAAGCAUCUUCACCACGAAAUCCGCGAGAAGGGCGGUGCUUACGGUGGUGGCGCUUAUAUGAAGGGUCUUGAAGGGAUAUUUGGUUUCUACUCAUACCGAGAUCCAAACCCGCAGAAUACUCUUUCCAUCAUGAGGAACGCCGGUCGAUGGGCAGUUGAUAAGCAAUGGACUGAUCAGGAUCUUGAGGAAGCUAAGAUAUCAGUUUUCCAGGGUGUCGAUGCACCUAAGUCUGUGAAUUCGGAAGGUAUGAUCCGGUUCAUGUCUGGUGUCACGCACGAAAUGCAGCAAAAGAGACGCGAACAACUUUUGGAUGUGUCCAAGGACCAAGUUCGCGAGGUUGCCCAGAAGUAUAUCGUCGACGCCCUAGCGAAGGAAGAAGAAAGAGUCGCCUUCCUCGGAAAGAAACAGGACUGGGUUGACGGUUCAUGGAAGGUAAAUGAGAUAAACGUAAAAGGUGCCGAGUAACGACGAUAUUUACGACGAAGUAAACGAUGUAUCAAAUAUCUGUACAAUAUUGUGCAUAUACCCUCCUCCAGCUAACUAGACUAGCCGUAUAUAACCUUGACGGUUCGAAAUCGAACCUGUUUCAUGCCUACGGCGAUUAAAUAUGUGCAAGUGAACAUACUACAUUCAGCGUUCAGAUACGAUACGUCUUCUUGCUCGUGCCUUCUACGGAAGACUCUACCAUAGCUUGGAGACCACAAUAACACGCGAGAGUAAACUUUUUCGAGGCAGGGUUAGUGGACAAUACCUCGAAAGGGGAUAUGGACACGAAACCCUAUCCUCCCACGCUCGUUCUUU